GACGAGCAAGGGGAUGAGAAUAAGGCCCGAGGGAACUGGUCCAGCAAACUGGACUUCAUCCUGUCCAUGGUGGGGUACGCAGUGGGGCUGGGCAAUGUCUGGAGGUUUCCCUACCUGGCCUUCCAGAACGGGGGAGGUGCUUUCCUCAUCCCUUACUUGAUGAUGCUGGCUCUGGCUGGGUUGCCCAUCUUCUUCCUCGAGGUGUCGCUGGGCCAGUUUGCCAGCCAGGGGCCGGUUUCUGUGUGGAAGGCCAUCCCAGCUCUGCAAGGCUGUGGCAUUGCGAUGCUGAUCAUCUCCGUCCUCAUUGCCAUAUACUACAAUGUGAUUAUUUGCUACACACUUUUCUACCUGUUUGCCUCCUUUGUGUCUGUGCUGCCCUGGGGCUCCUGCAACAACCCUUGGAAUACUCCAGAAUGCAAAGAUAAAACCAAGCUUUUAUUAGAUUCCUGUGUGAUCAGUGACCAUCCCAAAAUACAGAUCAAGAACUCCACUUUCUGCAUGACGGCCUAUCCCAACUUGACAAUGGUUAAUUUCACCAGCCAGGCCAAUAAGACGUUUGUCAGUGGGAGUGAAGAGUAUUUCAAGUACUUUGUGCUGAAGAUUUCUGCAGGGAUUGAGUAUCCUGGUGAGAUCAGGUGGCCACUAGCCUUCUGCCUCUUCCUGGCUUGGGUCAUCGUGUACGCGUCCCUGGCUAAAGGAAUCAAGACGUCAGGAAAAGUGGUGUACUUCACGGCCACGUUCCCGUAUGUCGUGCUCGUGAUCCUCCUCAUCCGAGGGGUCACCCUGCCAGGAGCUGGAGCUGGGAUCUGGUACUUCAUCACACCCAAGUGGGAGAAGCUCACGGAUGCCACGGUGUGGAAAGAUGCUGCCACUCAGAUUUUCUUCUCUUUAUCUGCUGCAUGGGGAGGCCUGAUCACUCUGUCUUCUUACAACAAAUUCCACAACAACUGCUACAGGGACACUCUGAUUGUAACCUGCACCAACAGUGCCACGAGCAUCUUUGCCGGAUUUGUCAUCUUCUCCGUCAUUGGUUUCAUGGCCAACGAACGCAAAGUCAACAUUGAGAAUGUGGCGGACCAAGGGCCAGGCAUUGCAUUUGUGGUCUACCCAGAAGCCUUAACCAGGCUUCCCCUCUCUCCAUUCUGGGCCAUCAUCUUUUUCCUGAUGCUCCUCACUCUUGGACUUGACACCAUGUUUGCUACCAUCGAGACCAUCGUGACUUCCAUCUCGGAUGAGUUCCCCAAGUACCUGCGCACACACAAGCCGGUCUUUACUCUGGGCUGCUGUAUUUGUUUCUUCAUCAUGGGCUUUCCAAUGAUCACUCAGGGUGGCAUUUACAUGUUUCAGCUCGUGGACACGUACGCUGCCUCCUACGCCCUCGUCAUCAUUGCCAUUUUUGAGCUCGUGGGGAUCUCCUAUGUGUAUGGCUUGCAAAGAUUCUGUGAAGAUAUAGAAAUGAUGAUUGGAUUCCAGCCCAACAUUUUCUGGAAAGUCUGCUGGGCGUUUGUAACCCCAACCAUUUUAACCUUUAUCCUUUGCUUCAGCUUUUACCAGUGGGAGCCCAUGACCUAUGGCUCUUACCGCUACCCUAACUGGUCCAUGGUGCUUGGAUGGCUGAUGCUCGCCUGUUCUGUUAUCUGGAUCCCAAUUAUGUUUGUGAUAAAAAUGCAUCUGGCUCCUGGCAGAUUUAUUGAGAGGCUGAAGCUGGUGUGCUCGCCACAGCCGGACUGGGGCCCGUUCUUAGCUCAGCACCGCGGGGAGCGUUACAAGAACAUGAUUGACCCAUUGGGAACCUCUUCCCUGGGACUCAAGCUGCCAGUGAAGGAUCUGGAACUGGGCACGCAAUGCUAGUCCAAUGAUGUGGGAUGGCCCAGACUCGAUCCUGUCUUUCUUCUCUGCCUCCUCCUCACAUUCUCCCCGGCUUCCUCUUAUUCUUCUUCUUCUUUCUCACCCCCAUCUCUGUUCACAUCCGUGCAUGACAGUGGUUCUGUAGAAAAGUAGACCAUAGUGUCGCAUGCCAUAGUGAAGAGCUAGACAGACCACUUG